AUGCUCUCCCUUGUUUCCCUAACGACAGAUGACCUCACCAUUGACCCCAGCUCUGCAGGAUCCUGGCUGGCUGUCUCUGAGGACGGAAAAGAGGUCAGGCAGUCUGUAAAGCGGUACAAACUUCUGCUGGGCUCAGGGGAGAACACCUUCGCCGCCGCGACUCAGGCUCUGACCACGGGCCGGCACUACUGGGAGGUGGAGGUCAAGGGGAAGUCCAACUGGGCGCUGGGCGUCGUGUCCGACGUUCUGAGGAGGGAGACGCUGGUCCCCUGCCCGGAGAUAGGCAUGUGGACCAUAAGUCACAGCGAGGGCUCGCGCUAUGUGGCGGCGGCGCAAAAGCCCACGCACCUGAGGGUGGGCCCCCCGCCCCAGAGGGUGGGCGUCUUUGUGGAUUACGAGGAGGGGCAGGUGUCGUUUUUCAACGUGGAGGCCAAAAGCCACAUCUUCACCUUCGCCGGGUGCAGCUUCACGAAGAGACUCCGCCCGGUGUUUGACCCGUGCCUGGCUCCAGAGAAAAAAGAGACGCUUCCUUUGAAACUCAUGAUGCCAUCCGACUCAAAUAAAAGAAACAUGCAGAGCGUCAGCUCUCCUGGAGGCCGGGUCCUCUCUGAAGACCAGUUCACCUGCUCCAUUUGCCUGGAGGUGUUUGUGGAGCCCGUCUCCACGCCAUGCGGUCACAGCUUCUGCAAGGCCUGCCUCCAGGGCUACUGGAACCACAGCAAGAAGUUCCUGUGUCCAAUGUGCAAGAAGGGCUACACCAGGAGGCCCGAGAUGAGCGUCAACCGGGUACUGGCUGAGAUAUGCUCCCAGUUCCAGGGGCUGGCGGUGGCUGGGGGCGCUGGGGUGACUUCCCCCCGGGGGGGCAGCGUUUGCUCCGACGCAGGCCACAGUGCUUCUCUGGGGCCGGACACGGGGGAGUAUGCUCGACCAGGCGAAGUUCCCUGCGAUUCCUGCAUUGGGAGGAAGUUAAAGGCGCACAAGUCUUGCGUGAACUGCCCGGGAUCUUUCUGUGAGACCCACCUCAGGCAUCACAAGAAGGUCAAGACAUUGACGUCCCAUCGUCUGAUCGAACCCACCUUCAACCUUGAGGACAAGAUCUGUAAGAAACACGAACGCCUCCUGGACGUCUACUGCCGGACCGACCACGCCUGCAUCUGCUCCGCCUGUGCCGAGGCCACGCACAAAUCCCACGAAAUCGUUUCCAUCGACCACGAGUUCAAGAAGAAGACGAACAAUUUGGGGAAGAAAAGGUCGGAGCUCAAACACCUGAUCAAAGAGAGGGCCAAGAAACUGGAGGAGAUCAAGCAAUCCAUCAAAGUUAUUAAGGCCAGCUCUCAGAAGGAGCUGGAGGAGAGCUGGCAGGUGUACGCGGAACUGCAGCGGCUGGUGGAGCAGAGUCAGGCCGACCUGGUGGAGCUGAUCGCCACCAGGCAGCGCGAGGCGGAGCGCCACGCUCAGGAACUGGCCAGAGGGCUGGAGAACGAGCUGAGCCAGCUGAGAAGGAGGAGCAACGAGCUGGAGGUCCACGCACAGACCAAGGACAAAGUGCUCUUCCUUCAGAACGUGACAGCACUGUCACCCUCACCCGAGCCUGCCGAUUGGUCGAUGGUCAGCAUCAACACUGACCUCUACCUGGGAACCAUCCGCUCCUCUGUCAGCGGCCUCAUCGACAAGUUCAAGGAGGAGCUCAAACGCCUUUAUGGGAAAGGUGAGGUGUUUUUAGACCCAGGCACUGCCCAGAAGAACCUGGUUGUCUCCGACGAUGGUCAGCAGGUGAAAUACGAAGAGCGCAAGGUUUCCCACUCUGAUAGUCAGAAGCGCUUCAACCCCGCCCUCUUUGUCCUGGCUCGAGAGGGCUUCAGCUCGGGCCGGCACUACUGGGAGGUGGACGUGACGCGCAAAACCGCCUGGACGCUGGGUCUGGCCCGCGCCACGGCCCACCGUAAGGGCGAGAUCAAACUGAGCCCCGGAGGGGGUUACUGGUGCCUCUGGCUGAAGAACGGUGAGGUGAAAGCCCUAGCGGCGUCCCGCCUCCCUCUGAUGCUGCAGGCCCAUCCCGGUAAAAUAGGAAUCUUCUUGGAUUACGAGGCGGGUCAGCUUUCUUUCUACGACGUGAAGUCGCGCCAACAUCUCUACACCUUCCACGACAACUUUAACGAGAGCGUUUAUCCAAUCUUCAGCCCGUGCCUCACCCAGGAUGGGAAAAACGCCUGCCCCCUCGUCAUAAGCCACGUCGAUGCUCCGCUCACAGGCCGGUUGCUUUCGCUGAAAAUGACCCUGCCUCUCCGCCGUGCAGGGAUGGCCACCACUGGCAACCUUUCUGAAGAGCAGGUGCACUGCUCUAUCUGUCUGGAUGUCUUCACCAACCCCGUGUCCAUCCCCUGCGGACACAACUUCUGCCAGAGCUGCAUCCUGGGAUACUGGAAAACCUGCCCUUUGUACCAGUGCCCCAUGUGCAAGAAGUCCUUCCACAAAAGGCCCGACAUCAGCGUCAACACCGUCUUGAGGGAAAUCGCCGAGCAGUUCAAGCAGAUCAGGGUGAAGAGCGUGGACAGCAAAGGAAGUGGGGAAGAGGGAGAGGUGAAAACCAAGAAGUGGACGAUGGAGAGGCGGAAAAAGGAGGACGAGGAAAGGCUGCUGGAGAAAGAUCAGAAGCAGCUGCUUCUGGAUGAGUUGAAGCAGAAGCAAGAGGAGGAGAGGAAGAGGAAAGUUGGUACGAAGGAGAAAGCAGGAGACGAUCUGCCACCGCUGAUCCCCCCAGUGGUGAUGCAGAAGAGCUCUCCUCCGCCGUCCCCCCAAGCUGCAGCAGAGGCUCCGCCACCACUGCCCCAAACUUCCCCUCCACCCUCACCGGCACUCCCUCAAGCUUCACCCACACCUUCUACCUCUUCCCUCCCAUCCGCAUCCUGGGAGGAGGUCUUUUGCGAUGUGUGCCUGGGGGAAGGCCGUCCGACGGCGCUCAAAUCCUGCCUGGUGUGCCUGACCUCCUACUGCGAGGAGCACCUCAGAUCUCACGCCGCCAGGUUCACCAAACACAAGGUGAUAGAGCCCGUUGCUAACAUGCAGGACAGGAUGUGCCCCAAGCACGAACGGCUCCUGGAGCUGUACUGCAAGAAGGACCAGACGUGCGUGUGCGUCCUCUGCACGGAGACUGACCACAGGGCCCACUACACCGUCCCCGUGGAGAGAGAAUGGACAGAUAAAAAGGCACAUCUGAAAAGGACGGAAAUGGACGUCCAGCAGAUGAUCCAGGACAGAGCGAAAAAGGUGGAUGAGAUAAAACACGCUUUGGAGCUCAACAAGGCCAGUGCCAGGAAAGAGAUCGAGGAGAGCAUGCAGGUGUUCUCCGAGCUGGUGCGAUCCAUUCAGAAGGCUCAGGCCGAGCUGGUUCUGGUCAUCGAGGAGAAGCAGAGGAAGACGGAGAGGUGGGCCGAAAGCUUCGUGGCUGAACUGGAGCAGGAAAUUGCUGAGCUGAAGAGGAGGACCGCUGACCUGGAAUAUGUGGCAAGGGCCGACCACAUUCACUUCUUGAAGAACUUCCCCGCUCUCAGCAUUCCUCCUUCCGUUAAGGACUGGUCUGACACCAGUGUUCCCACCGACACGUGUGUGGGGCUGAUCAGGAGGUCCGUUUCCAAACUUGAGGACGCAUUGAGUGAAAUGAUCCAAAAGCUGUGUGAAAGUGUGGACGUCAUCCUGGACCCCGACACGGCCAACCCGUGGCUGCAGCUCUCGCAGGACCGGCGCCAGGUGCGACACCUCGGCGCCUGGCAGGACCUCCCGGACCAUCCCGAUCGCUUUGACACCGUGGUCGUUGUGCUGGGGCACGACGGCUUCACCUCAGGCAGACACUACUGGGAGGUUCAGGUCGGGGAGAAAGACGACUGGUACCUCGGCGUGGCCCGGGCCUCCGUCAAAAGGAAGGGCAAAAUUUCUGUGAGCACGACCCAAGGCUACUGGGCUCUGGCCAUGAAGAAAGGCCAGGGAUACCGGGUAUCAACGUCUCCGCCGAUACUGCUCUCCCUCGACCCCAAACCAAAGAGAGUGGGGGUGUAUGUGGACUAUGAGGAAGGCCAAGUUUCUUUUUAUGACGUGAGAGCUUGGACCCAUAUUUACACAUUUCAAGCGACCUUCAGGGAGAAGAUUCUGCCCUUUUUCUACCUGUACUGCUGCGACAAAGCCUCUGACACCAUGGGGAUCUGCACCGUGAACGAGAAAAGCCUGAUCAAGCUAAGCUAAGGACCCCCACUGACCAUAAAAGACGAUGAAAUUUCCCCAAGGAAGAGGAAAGGGCGGAUUUAUUUUCAGAUACAUGCUGACACGUAACCAUUUGUUUGUCAAAAUUUCUAUAGCGGUGCAAAGUGGCUGAUGAAGUGAUCUUUAAUGGGUUUAAAGCAUAAAAAUGAGGUGUUUUUAAAACAUUUCUCUGAGAGAUUUUUGCUCUCAGGUAACAUUCUGAUAGUCUGUGAUUUAUAAAACCAGUUAACCUGGCAAAGCCAAGCAUUACACGUCCUGUUUAGAAUAGAUUGAUUUUUAAGGGAUGUUCUUAGUCUAGAGCAACAAAAGAUUUGCACGGAAUCUCGGACAAAAUGGUGCCAGAAGGAGUUUGGGUUUGGAUUGCAGAUGCACAGAGCAUGAAGCUAUUGUCUUUGGGAAAUUCCUUGUCUGCUGCUGUGUAUAAUGUCACUAUCAUGCUCCUGUAUUAAAGAUUCCCCAAAGUCUGA